UAUGCGGCCCCUUUUCUUGUAAUGCUAUUAGGUAAACAAGCAAAAAAUUAUCGCUAAAGGGUCUUGGCCUUAUGAGUACAACCUUAGCUGAACCUAAAACCUCGGUGAUUUCGGGCGGGCGGAAGCGAAUCACGUCCAAGUUUACCGACGGAUCCGAGUUGGUUGAGGAGUUUGACGUCAUCAGUGAUGAGUUAGUGCUCCGAAAAAGACGGGUUCGUAAUGUUUUAGGCGGGUGGAAUGAUUGGAUUAUUGAAAUUGGAGCUGAGGAACGUUCAUAUAACCUUGAUCGUGUUCUUAUUGUAGAGUCCAACGGAAGCCCAGAGCUUAUACGUCAGGAUACCGCCGAGCUUCACGUUUUUCGGAUUCGAAACCUUCCGUAUCCAAAGGAAGUAUUCAUGCUAAGUAUUGAAAGGAAAGACCAGGAUUCAAUCGGAGAAAUAGUAGUGCGCACCACAAACAAGAAGUACUAUAAAAGAAUUGGCAUUCCAGAAAUGGUUCGUGCACAAAUACCUCUAGAUGAAUCACAUCUUAGCUUUGACGUCAAACAUAAUACACUGAUUAUUCAGUACCGGAAGCAUUUUUCCAUCUUAGCGGCAGAAUCUCAGGCAAAGAAGGAGCGUGCUUCUUUACCAUCCAAGCGUGUUAAUGAUAAGGACGCUUAUUGUGCACAGCAAUAGCUGAGAAUCUUUCCUUGUAUCAAUGUGCUUUCAUUGAGCUUUGUGAGUUUGGUAUACGAAGAGAAAAAGCUAUGAUUGAGAUACGGCUUCAUGGAAUGGAAUUUUUUAAAUGUAAAAACAAACGUGUAUUUUUGUUUUCCUUAUUUUUUUUGGUGGGUGUAUUAGUUGUGUAUGUUGUACAAUAUCAUGAGUGUUUAAUGAUCACAUAUUUUGAUACCGUUUUUUAUAAAUUAACAUGUAUAUUUA